ACUUGAACGCUACAAAGUCCUGAGAAAUGGGAAACAGAAGACAGCCUUUACGCGUGAAAUAUAUUGACAUCGUUGGAAAUGAUCAAAAGCAAGUUGAAUCUUGAUGAGAGGCACUCGGUAAAAUUUUAAAAGUAUUUAAUUUUCAAAAUAAAUUAUUUUUUUUAUGUAAUUGCACCAAACCAGAAGUUCUUCUUUAAUCUGUAUCUGCACUCCGGAUUGACCUGCAAAGCCCCAAGGUGGAUUCUCGGGGUAGACACUUCAAUGCUUAAGUUAGCAAUAAUCGGGGCUACCUUUAGAACGAAGAAACGAGGAGCUUAGGGUUGGUUUCAAUUACCUUUUUGACGUGGCCCUUGGGGGUAUUUAUACGUUUCAAUGAGGAGCCCAUGUGGUAUGCCAAGCAAGAUAUUCAGGAUCUGAUGUGUAUCUCCAGAUGGUUAUUUCGAGACCAGGAAUUUGAGAGAUAUUCAGAUGAAAGGAUGCCCACCGUAACUGUUGUGCAACUCAUCAUAAAGGAUCAGGUGUGAGCAUGCCUACUGUUGCUGUCAUGUAGCUACUUGAGUGGGAAUCUUUGGAUUUAUCCUUCACUUCGGUCAUAAAGGAAUUAUUAUCGUUUGUCCGAGGUUGGACACCUCGAACCUGUCCUUACACUAUUCCCCCCCGAAGUCAUUCACUUGUGAAUGAUGUUGUUAGGGAUAAUGGGGGUAGCGCAUAAAUAGAAGUGAAAGAUAGAUACAAGUAUGCAAGAUGAGUUGCAGAAGUAAAAAUGGAAAUAAAAAUGAAACUCUGUA